UCACCCCAAGUAGCUUAUUUUAGACAUAUUUAAGCACAACACAGUUUGGUGAAAGAUUUCCUGUUGAUAAAUGACUUAACCCCGUGUACACAAUAAAACUUAAGACGUGACUACAUCAAAACCCUUUGUAAAGUGUCUGUGAGAUCUUGUAUAACAGUAGGUUCUGUAGAUUGACAAGCUCACAGUAAUGGUCUGGGGAGGAUCAGUUGUCCUCUUAGCCCGACAGGUAGAGCAGAGAUCAUGAGCCUUCUAGGUGGGAAAUAGGUAAAGAAACAACCUUGUGGUGUUUAACAUUCCUAGUUCCCCUGUUUCUCAUCUGUGAUCACAAGGACCUCUGUUGUACCCACACUGAGGUAAAUUGUUUGCCGCACAGUAGGCAAUUCUAAAAACAUUUGUUAAAGGAUUGAUGGGAAGCUAUUAAACAGUUCAUAUAUGGAAGUGGAAAAAAAAAAAGCCAUGAUCACUUCUGGGUUUUUUUUGUGGUUUCAUAUUGGCUAGGAGAGAUUUCAAACUUUUUAGCUGAAGAUGACCUUGACUUUGAAUUCCUGAACCUCCUGGCUCCACCUCCUAAACACUGGGAUUACAGGUGCAAACGUGGGAUUACUGGGAUUACGUUGUGGAAGCAAUGAUCAUAUCUUGGAAAGAUUGCUUUCUUCGGAGAACAGGCCGAAGGAGAAAUUGUGAAAGUUAUCAUGAAGAAGCUACGAGCGUCUGUCAGGAGUCACAAAAAGCUACCAGCUAACCCUGAGAGAAGGGGAAAAUGUGCCCUUAGCAGCAGCCAGGCCAAACCUUCUGCCCCUGAUGGCCGGGCGAAGCGGAAGGAUGAGGAGAUACUGCAAACCUCUGUCUGCCUGUACCAUCUGUUCAGAGACGUGACCGAUGUCACGACAUUCCGAAGGAACUUGCUCAGCUGGUAUGACCAAGAGAAGCGGGACCUGCCUUGGAGAAGAUGGGUAGAGGAGGAAGCCAACUUGGACAGGCGGGCCUAUGCUGUAUGGGUGUCAGAGGUUAUGCUGCAGCAGACCCAGGUUGCCACGGUGAUCGACUAUUAUACACGAUGGAUGCAGAAGUGGCCAACGCUUCAGGACCUGGCCAGUGCUUCCCUGGAGGAGGUGAACCAGCUCUGGUCUGGCCUGGGCUACUAUUCUAGAGGCCGUCGGCUGCAGGAGGGAGCUAAGAAGGUGGUAGAGGAGCUAGGCGGUCAUGUGCCACGGACAGCAGAGACCCUGCAGCAGCUCCUGCCUGGCGUGGGGCGCUACACAGCUGGAGCCAUUGCUUCCAUUGCCUUUGACCGGGUAACUGGUGUGGUGGAUGGGAAUGUCUUACGGGUGCUGUGCCGUGUCCGCGCCAUUGGUGCUGAUCCCAGCAGCACCGUUGUCUCUCGUCAUCUCUGGAGCCUAGCCAAUCAGCUCGUGGAUCCAGCCCGGCCUGGGGACUUCAAUCAAGCAGCCAUGGAGCUGGGGGCCACAGUGUGUACCCCACAACACCCUCUCUGCAGCCAGUGCCCUGUGCAGACCCUAUGCCAGGCGUACCAGAGGGUGGAGCGGGAACAGCUCUCAGCCUUGCCAGGCAGUCCUGACGUAGAGGAGUGUGCUCUCAAGACUAGACAGUGCCAGCUUUGCCUACCUCCCACAAAACCCUGGGACCCCUCUCUGGGAGUGGCCAACUUUCCUCGAAAGGCCAGCCGCAGGCCUCCCAGGGAGGAGCACUCUGCCAUUUGUGUUGUGGAGCAGCCCAGGACCAGUGGGAGUCCCCUCAUUCUGUUGGUGCAAAGGCCUCACUCAGGUCUGCUGGCCGGACUCUGGGAGUUUCCAUCUGUCGCCCUGGAGCCCUCAGACCAGCAUCAGCACAAAGCCCUUCUGCAGGAACUGCAGAGCUGGUCCGGACCCCUCCCCAACACUCGUCCCCAGCACCUGGGAGAGACCCGGCUCCGUCUCUUCCCUCCCCAGGUGAUCCACGUCUUCUCUCACAUCAAACUGACAUAUCAAGUAUAUAGUCUAUCCCUAGAAGGACAGACCCCAGCCACCCCUGCACCUCCUGGUGCUCGAUGGUUGACUUGGGAGGAAUUCCACAAUGCAGCUGUCUCCACUGCCAUGAAAAAGGUAUUCCGCAUGUAUGAAGACCAUCGGCGAGGCACCUGCAAGGGUUCUAAAAGGUCCCGCAUGUCCACUCCAUCAAGCCGGAAAAAGCCCAGUCGGGGCCAGCAAAUCCUGGAUAGUUUCUUUCAGCCUCAUAUUCCCACAGAUGCACCCAACAGCACGGCCCAGUGAUACCUCUGGGAGGCCCACCCCAAAUCCAGUCUAAUAAAAUGCCUAUUUCUGUA